AUGCCCUCUGUUGUCGCCUUGUCCGGUCCACGUGGCCGCCUCUCAUUGGCUGUGGAAGGAGAAGGCGUGUGCGCGUUAUCGAAUGAUAUUUGGUACCUAGGCAAGGUGUGUGUAGAGAGCAGGAGUGUGGAGGGGGAAGGCGUGUGGAGGGAGGAGGCGUGUGGAGGGGGAAGGCGUGUGGAGGGGGAAGGCGUGUGGAGGGGGAAGGCGUGUGGAGGGGGAAGGCGUGUGGAGGGGGAAGGCGUGUGGAGGGGGAAGGCGUGUGGAGGGGGAAGGCGUGUGGAGGGAGGAGGCGUGUGGAUGGGGGAGAUGUGUGGAUGGGGGAGGUGUGUGGAGGGGGAAGGCGUGUGGAGGGGGAAGGCGUGUGGAGGGGGAAGGCGUGUGGAGGGGGAAGGCGUGUGGAGGGAGGAGGCGUGUGGAUGGGGGAGAUGUGUGGAUGGGGGAGGUGUGUGGAUGGGGGAGGUGUGUGGAUGGGGGAGGUGUGUGGAUGGGGGAGGUGUGUGGAUGGGGGAGGUGUGUGGAUGGGGGAGGUGUGUGGAUGGGGGAGGUGUGUGGAUGGGGGAGGUGUGUGGAUGGGGGAGGUGUGUGGAUGGGGGAGGUGUGUGGAUGGGAAAGGCGUGUGAUCCACCUGGCGAGUACCUGACGUCCAUCAACGGCUCUGAUCGGCUCGCGAGAGGCAAUCGAUGGCUGAGAAUCUCCGGGAGCACAUCCACGGAGUUAUCAAAAUUGGUAGAUGCAGGAGGGGCUGCUGAUGCGGCAUUGCCAUCGGAACUCCCAAAACAAAUAUCUCCAUAA